AUGGUAGAGUCCUCUGUGCUUUCCUUCAAAGAGUGUAACCCCUGGCAGGGGCUCCUGCUCAUGGCCUCCCUUUUAACCUGCUGGCACCUGUCUACCACUACCUACGUCAUCAUUAAAGUAGUGCCUCCACAUGUAUUUGAAGGAAAAAACAUCCUUCUCCGUCCUAACAAUCUGCCAGACAAUCUUUCAGCCUUUUCAUGGUUCAAAAGGAUGACACAAGAGAGCCAUGCGAUUGCAGCGUAUGCAGUUUUUGCUAAAAGAAAUAUGACGGGGCCUGCACACAGUAGCAGAGAGACAAUCUACAGCGAUGGAUCUCUGCAAAUCUGCAAUGUCACCCUGGACGACACAGGAUUCUACAUUCUACAAACCCUUAAUUGGCUAGGAGAAAUUGUAUCAACACCCAUAUACCUCCAUGUGCACACUUCCCUUUUGACAUGUGGACGCCCUCCCACCUCUGCUCAGCCCACCGUUGAAUUAGUGCCUCCCAAUGUUGCUAAAGGAGGAAGCGUUCUUCUACGUGUUCACAACCUCCCAGAGAAGAUUCAAGAAAUUUUCUGGUACAAGGGGGUAGGCGUGUUCAAGAACGAAGAGGUUUCUCGGUACAUAAUAGCCAAGAAUGCAAGUGUGGAUGGACCUGUACACAGUGGUAGAGAGACUGUGUACAGCGAUGGGUCCUUGCUGAUCCACAAUGUUACCAGGAAGGACACUGGAUUCUAUACACUACGAACUCUGAACACAGAUCUGAAAGAAGAAGUGGUGCAUGUGCAACUCCUAGUGGGUGCCUCCUUUUUGCCCUGUGGACACUCUCCCACCUCUACCGAGUUAAGUAUUGAAUCAGUGCCACCCCGUGUUGCUGAAGGGGGAAGUGUUCUUCUACUUGUUCACAAUCUCCCAAGGAAUCUUCAAAUGCUCUUCUGGUACAAAGGGCUGGUUGUGUUCAAGAAAGGAGAGGUUUCUCGGUAUGUUAUAGCCACAAAUUCAAGUGUGGAUGGACCUGCACACAGCAGUCGAGAGACAGUGUACAGCAAUGGGUCUCUGAUGAUCCACAAUGUCACCUGGAAAGACAGUGGGUUCUACACCCUGCGCACUCUGAGCACAGAUCCGAAAGCUCAAGUGAGGCAUGUGCUACUCCAGGUGGAUGCCUCCCUUUCUACCUGCUGUAACCAUCUUACCUCUGCCCCCCUCAUGAUCGAUCAAGUGCCACAGAGUGUUGCUAAAGGGGAAAGCGUUCUUCUCCAAGUUCAUAAUCUGCCACAAGAUCUGCGAGCCUUUUCCUGGUACAAAUCUGCAUAUAGAAGCCACAUUUUAAAAAUUAUACAAUACAGCAGAACCACGAAUUCCAUCAUCAGGGGCCCUGCACUCAGCAGAAGAAUGGCAGUGUAUAUCAAUGGAUCCCUGCUGCUCCAAAAUGUCACUGAGAAAGAUGCAGGAUUCUACACACUAGAAACUGAAACCAGUGGGUUCAAAAUUGCAACAACACACACGCAACUUCAUAUAACCUGCAUUCACCCUUCCACCACUGGGCAGCUCAUUAUCGAAUCGGUGCCUCUCAACAUUGUUGAUGGGAGCAACGCUCUCCUGCUUGUUCACAAUAUGCCGGAGAAACUUCGAGCCUUUUACUGGUACAAAUGGGUAGGCAUUCUCUACAAAAAUUUAAUUUCAGGGGAUGUAAUAACCACGAAUAGAAGAAUGCUGGGGCCUGCACACAGUGGUAGAGAGACAGUGUACCCCAAUGGGUCGCUGCUAUUGCACAAUGUCACCCAGGAGGACACUGGAUUCUAUACCCUACGAACCUUAAACAUGCAGUAUGGAGAUCAGGAGACACACGUGCAGCUCCACAUAUACAAGCCUGUGACACAGCCCUUUAUUCGGAUCACCAACACCACAGUCAGAGUCCAGAGCUCUGUCAUCCUCACUUGUGUCUCAUCCGAUACUGGAAUCUCCAUCCAGUGGUUCUUCAAUAACCAGAAUCUGCAGCUCACAGAGAGGACGACGCUGUCCCCAACAAAGUGCCAGCUCACCAUAGAUCCUGUGAGGAUGGAGGAUGCUGGAGAGUACCAGUGUGAGGUCUCCAACCCAGUCAGUUUUCUGACCAGUCUCCAAGUCAGCCUGACUGUUAUGAAUGAGUGA